AUGGCAGUUACACGAGCCGCUGCACCAAUGGUUGGCAAUUGCAGUAGCGCUAUGCUUAUUAUAGGAAGACGAUAUUUUUCAUCACCUUUCACUGAAAAGUUGAGAAAAACAAAUAGAAAGAAAGUGAUCGAUUUAGCGGCCUAUCCACCAAAGAAGAUACGUAACUUCGGCAUUGUGGCCCACGUGGAUCACGGCAAAAGUACUCUGGCAGAUCGAUUUCUCGAAAUGACAGGCGCCGUUGAGAAAAGUAGUCAUGCUAGUCAAAUGCUUGACAAAUUGCAGGUAGAGCGGGAACGCGGUAUAACGGUGAAAGCGCAGUCAUGUACUAUGUUUCAUAAGGAUUGCAUGUUGAAUUUAAUCGACACUCCUGGUCAUGCUGACUUCAGUUUCGAGGUUGCUCGAUCUCUUACUGCUACUAAUGGAAUUCUGCUUCUUGUCGCCGCUAAUCAGGGUGUACAGGCGCAAACGGUGGCAAAUUUUUGGCUAGCAUUUGAAGCUGGUUUAACAAUAAUCCCAGUUAUCAAUAAAGUGGAUCUCAAGAGCGCUAACGUUCCACGAGUAGUAUCACAAAUGGAGAAUUUAUUCGAUUUUUUACCAUCAGAAAUACUUUAUAUUUCUGCUAAGAAUGGUACUGGUAUUGGCGAUGUCUUGGAUGCCGUUGUUGAAAGACUACCACCACCCAAAGUUGAAGCACAUUCUCCUCUUCGUGCACAUGUUUUUGAUUCCUGGUAUGAGACUCAUCAUGGUCCAGUGGUUUGCGUUGCUGUGCAUGAUGGUGUGAUUUCUAAGGGGCAGAGAAUACGAACGUAUCAUAGUGACUGUGAAUACGAAGUGUUGGUAGUAGGCAUCAUGAUUCCGAAUAUGUAUGAAGUUAAGUGUUUAUAUGCUGGCCAAGUUGGCUAUCUGUUAACAACGAUGAAAUCGGUACAAGAUGCUGUUAUUGGAGAAACGUUAUAUGAUGUAAGCGAUGAACGGAAUAUGGUACAACCUAUGCCUCUAAUAACGCCUACUCCGCCAUGCAUUUAUGCCAGUAUUUAUCCGACAAACAUAAAUGAAUAUAAUGCCUUGCGCGUUGCGCUUUACAAAUUGGCUUUAAAUGAUUCAUCAGUGCAAAUCCAGCAUAGUAAUAGCACUGCGUUGGGGAAUGGUUUCAAGAUUGGUUUCUCAGGACAUUUGCAUAUGGAGCAGGAAUAUGAUGCUAACAUUACCAUAACUGCACCUAGUGUCGAAUAUCGCGCUGUCAUUAAAGACAAUCAGACUAUACUAAAAAAAAGAUACAACGGUCAACGUGUUAUUCGUCUUUUGGAUGCUAGUGAUUUCCCGGUUUGCCCCAGCGACAUUGAUCAUUUCUUAGAACCGAUGAUAAAAUUAACACUUUUACUAUCCACUGCAUAUUGCGAGCACGUAGAAAGAUUAUGUGUUGAUGCUCGUGGAGAGCAAGUUGAGAAUAAUGGGUUGGAUACAGACUGUAUUAUGCAACAAUGGAGAUUACCUUUUGCUGAAGUUUGUAUGGACUUCUUCGAUAGAUUAAAAAGGAUCACGAGUGGUUAUGUGACAUAUAAUUACCAGUGGGAUGGCUUCCAAAAGGCGACAAUUGAAUUGCUUAUGAUACAUAUCAAUGAUCUUCCUAUUUAUGAAUUCUCAGAGAUAAUGCCUUCAAAUCAAAUUAAAGCAAGAGCUAAAGAAAUUGUAAAGAAAUUGAAAGAGGAGAUACCUCGUCAGCAGUAUGAAGUACGAAUUAAAGCUACUCUUGGACAAUCAAAAAAGGCGCUAGUACAGACAGUUAUUGCACCGGUCAAAAAAGAUUUCACAGGUCGAUUGAAAGGCAAUUUUGGAGGUAGUGGUUGGGAACGUUUCUGUAAGAAAUUGUCGCAUCAGAAAAAAGGAAAGGAACGGAUGAAACAGCUGGGUCAAGUACAAAUCCCUAAAGAAGCAUUCAUCAAUGUACUGCGGAGGUAA